UUUUCAUCUAUAGCAAAAAUGUACUGGUUUACUGGCGUGGGAAACAGAGAUAGGCAGGUCUGAAGCUCGCGCUUCUUGCGUCUGAUUUGAUGCUGAGACGCAAUAUUUUCUAAGGUCACGCAUCCAGCUGUUCUACUUUUUUGUUUGAGUCAUUCAUCAUCGUCAUGAGUCUCAAUCUUAUAAUGAGUCUUCUUUUCCAGCACUGAUUUCACGAGUUUAUCUAGUGAUCGAGUAAGGAUCGCACCAUGAAGCGGACACAUGACAAGUUAGCAAUAGGACCAGCUUAGGGCCCGAAACUAUGGCGACAGCUUUCCGGAGUGUUAGGGGAUGCGAGGAGUCCAUCCUCGGGGAGCGAGAGAAGCUUCUCGCAAUUUUGGCCAGUCUUGAGUCGCGGCUGUCGCAGCUAGAACGAAGCGCUCUCACACGGUCUAAUCGUGUGAGAAAGAUUGGAGCAGCUGCCUUUGGCUGUUGGGUCGGGAGCACGCAUAUUCUUAUGGGCGCUCUCCAAGCAAGGCGAGAACUCAGAGACGUACAACACCGAAUACCUUACAUACUUGAAUGGCGCCACUUUUAUGCUUCUCUGGGAGAGGCUGGCUUGUGUAUAGAUGAAUAGCGUAAAAUUCGUUCCUCGUCACUUGAAGAUUCAUCAAAUACAUUUUCGUAAUUUUAUGACACUUGACAGAUAGCCACCGGGUUUUUCUACCAUUAUUCGCACUUGCUCCCGAAAAACUCUUCCCGCUGGACACAAGAGGCGCAAACCGAAUUUAUGGCGAACCUGUUUUCGAUAGUGAAUGCUACGAUCGACUGGACAUGGUAAUCUAUAUACAGUUGUCAUUCACUUGGGUCUUUGGUCUACGUACUCCCAUAAAAAUGAAGUAUAAAAAAAAGGCUAGAGUAGAAGUACCGCGUCUUCUACCUCCUGUACCGAUGAAGUUUCUGUGCGCUAUAUAUGAUGGGAGCAAGGAGGCCCUUUGUUUUCGAAAGAUGAGAUUGGAUAUCGCCAUAUUCAUUGAAAUUCUUUAUUCUACAGCUUUGCCCAGGAAAGCUUUUCUUGGCUGAUUUUUGACGUUCUCGGAUGGCAGGCUUUUCUCGCGUUCAGCGCGGUGUUGUGGUACUUCGUGGUGCCCUUUCUGCUGAAAACGGGCGAAAAGGCGAAAGAGAAAAUUCGAAAGUCCCUCGCCGCACGCCACAGUCGGGUAGCCAAGCGGAAAGCGGACCGGCGGGCAAGCUUUCUCAACUACAACAGCGCCAUGCGCUUUCAGGCCUCUUUACCUACCUUGGAUCUCAUUCCCGAAGACCUUCCGGAAGAAGGAAACGAUGAGCUUCCGGAGACCCCGAAAGUGGAUCUCGUUUUAUGUUCUUAAGUUCAUCUGAACUUUGUUGAUAUUGGGCAAUAGUUUAUUGUUUUAGUCACCAGACCACUCAUGUUGAGCCGGAAUGCGACUUCGACUUUGUAUUAUUUUUAGUAGCGAUCCUAACUUCUAACACUGAUCGAAUUAGUCACUGUGUUGCCAAUGUGCACUCCACUUUCUGAUGCUAUGGGAAAAUAGAAGCACCUGCUUUUCUAAGACUGAGUCCAGGAGGCAGUGAAUCGGAGGUGCUGUCUGAUGCAGGGCUCAGUGUAACGUUCGCGGAUACGUGAUCGCCCAGUUUUGCAGCACACUGUGUUAACACCGAUUAGCUUCGCAACAUUAACUCGGAUUAGUCGCUGGUCGCAACAUCGUGCUAACUCGCGGCAACGGCUGACAUUGGAUCUGGUUUCUAGCGCAAUCGGGGAAAUCGGAUUUGGGGCGACUCAAAGAAUAGUGCGCCUUCUCAGUCUUCUGCGAUUAUAUUUUCCAAACCUCCUCCCGAAUGUGCAGAUCAUGCCUGGGAUGCUCGCGCAUUACCAUUCCACAUGCAGCAUGUUAAACGUCACCGGAGAUUAUGAAAAAGUGUUUUAUAGCGAUGACAUUGUCAUAUGUUUCAUGUAUUGAUGUUCUAUAUACGCAUGUUGUGCUUCAUCAAGUGAAUUUGUUUUAAGAGGAUGGGCAAGCGCCAAAAUAACAUCCUAUUUACGUUGUAUGGUGCCACGGGUCCUCAGAAGUAAGCAGGCUGUUCGUAACUGAAAUUUUACUCUUCUCCAGUUGUUGAGAUAUUUUUGGAUAUUGCAAAGUCGCAUUUCGAAAUACGAGGGUUCGAAUGAUCACAGGGAAUUCCGACAAACAGCAAUCAUGUUCAUGAGAAUCAUUUUGAUCAAUUCUGGGCCUAAAGAGAUAGUCUACAACGUUGUAGAAAUUUCUCAACGCAGCUGAUAUGGCCGCUGCGACUGUUCCUUUUUAUUCGCCUGCAUCAACAACCGAAGGGAAUUUUUACUUUUCAAGAAUAACAGGGGUUUAGAACAAUAUUAAGGUUUUGAACAUUUUGAAAGUAGUAACACAACGACUGUUCCGCAGUAUCUUAUUCAUUGUAUUCACAGCAAGGAACAAAUGCUUCAAGUAUCUGAACACGACGCAACUCUUCAAGUAUCACACAAAGGCAUUAAAAA